GAGUACCUAUACACAAUAUCCAUACCACAUUUAUUAUACUAUCUUGUGUCUCGGAGUGUCAUCAAAUUGAUGCUAGAACUGAGAAUAUACAAUAAAAAUAGAUACAAUUAUGAUUGGAAAAUCGUCGCCUCCCUCACACCUGCACCCGAUGUGAAAAUUCCGCAGCUUCUCAAUGCGACCAACCACUGGGCCUUGCCGGGUCAUGGUAUGGCCAAGUCCAACGAUGAAGGGGCGGCCUUCGCUUACAUUACCUCAGUGCCAUAGUUGGCCACUUGUUGGUUUGGUAUUGCUGCUGCGUGGUCCAACAUAAACUUCCUUUGUUAUAGUAAUUGCUUCGCUUUUUUGGAAGCCAAUUUCGAGGGCUCAAGCGCGGAACCCAGAUGAUAUGAUGUAGUUCAGGUUUGAUUUAGGACUGGAGGAUUGGAAUCUAUGUGAUUCGAGGCUGAAGCUCCCAACAAGACAACAGUUGCUGUUGUUGGUGUACCGCAAUGCGAGUUUGAAGGCGGCAUGGGCGGCGCAAGCUUCUCAUCGUGUCAUAAACACACCCUGGUCUUCCAUUUGAUUUCUUUCUUUCCUUGGGCUUGGUUUUUUAUUUGUUUCAUUCUAGCAAAUUUGCUGUAAUUCAUAAUGGUUGCACCAAUAUCGUUAAAGUCACGACCAAUAUCAUUGAUCUUAGCCCAUUUUAUUCCUCUUGCAUCAGCAGGUUCUAAUGCAAUAUCUCUUCAAUGGUCAAACAGGACUUAUGGCCCUGACGGACCAUGGCAAGCAGUUUCUGUCGGUAUCGGCACACCUACUCAAGCUAUUGACCUUAUUCCAGGUGGAUCAUGGACAGCUAAUAUCCUAAGUACUUCGAUUUGUUCUAAUUCCUCGGGUUGCCCGUCAUUGAAUGCUGGACUUUUUGAUAUUCAUGCUUCCACUUCUUACACCCAAAUCAACAAUACUGGUGUCAUUGCCAAUACUACAUUUGCAAACCGGGCCGGUACAUUACCCGCUUCGACUGGUGCCGCUCAGGUAGGACUUGAUACCUUGACAAUUUCCAACGGAGCCGAUAGCAAUACCAUCGAGAAUUUUGAACUGCUUGUCAUUGAGAAUGCUGACCAAACUUUAUCAAAUGGAACAAAAUACGCACCUCAAGUCGGGUCCCUUGUCCUAGGUGCCCCAAACAUUAAUCAGACAUUCUCUCCAAAUCUUACCGGGCAGUUUCUCUCCUCUGGCUUAUACUCCCAGGCUAAGAUCCCGUCAAAUUCAUUCGGCUUACAUGUUGGUUCUGCUUCUAUGGGUAUUCGUGGAAGUUUGGUACUCGGAGGAUACGAUCAAUCUCGAGUUUUGACGCCUGUCACUACGCAAAAAGGCUACAAUGGUACAUUCUUCGUGUCACUGGUUGACAUGUCAAUCGGUACUAUUGAUGGAUAUUCACCUUUAAACUUCAAUACCACUAAAUCUGGACUUCUCUUUAACAGUGCAACUUCCGCCGCGUCUAAUGGCUUACUAGAAGUGGAUGUCGAUCCUUCAGUUCCAUAUCUUUACCUCCCAACAUCAACUUGCGAUAUACUUGCCUCUCACCUCCCUAUAACAUACAACGAAAAUCUAAACCUCUACCUCUGGAACACCUCAUCCCCACUUUACCAGCCUAUCAUCUCUUCGCCUACCUACCUCGCCUUCACAUUCUCUAAUGCAGACUCAGACAAUCAGAAUACUCAAAUCUCAAUCAAAAUUCCCUUUUCCCUCCUUUCACUUUCGUUAACAUACCCCCUAUCCAACACCUCCGAUUCCGUCCCUUACUUUCCCUGCCAACCGUCCUCUCUCCCCUCCGGUUCUUGGGCUCUCGGUCGUGCAUUUCUCCAAGCUGCUUUCUUAGGAACCAUCUGGACUGAUUCAUCCAAUAUCACUUCUUCUCAAGGUACUUCAUUUUUUCUUAGCUCAAGCGCCGGGUCCUGAUGUGCCCGGUGAGAACUUAGUCAACCUCCAACCUGAUUCUACUUCCCUCGAUGCCUCAACCACCGUAUGGAAAGAUACAUGGUCAUCCCAUUGGACACCCCUCAUCACCCCUCUAGAUCUUUCCUCGUCAUCGUUCUCCUCGCCUCAGUCCCCUGUUCCAUCCUCUUCAUCUUCUUCUUCCAACACAGGCCUACCUACUGCGCAAAUGGUAGGAAUCUCUGUCGGUAGCGCCACAGCUUUUAUUUCUCUCUUAGCAAUGAUUUUCUGGAUUUGUAAACGCAAAGCCAACAUGGCACGAGCAAACAAAGAAAAAGAUAGGGAAGAAGCCAUUUCACGGGAAAUGGAAAAGAAGGAGAGGGAGAGACAGGGUAUCGAUUUGGGUUGGAUUAAGUUGGAAGAUGAUCCUUGAUUUAUGUGAUGAAUUUGCGCGCCGGAAUAUAAUGGAAAAGUAACAGGAGUUUUAUGUUUAGCA